UGCCUCAAGAAAUCAAAGCAAAAGCAAAGCCGCUCCUCACUGUCUCUGAGCCAUGGCUCUGGAAGCUUACGCCUCUCCAAACCCAGACACCGUCCACACCGACGUGCUCUCCGAAGCCAGACAAGCUUGCUACAAGGCUCGCGAUGCCUUCUAUUCGUGUUUGGAAAAGGAAUCCAACAAGACGCCCACGGAGAUCGCUUCUGUGGGGCUGCUAUACCCUUCCGACUGCAAAGGAUCGAGGGCCGAGUUUGUGAAACACUGCCGGGCUUCUUGGGUGAAGCAUUUCGAUAGGCAGUACUGCCGGAACAGGAGGGUGCAGAGGCUUUUAGAUGACAAGGACUCAAGGCGAGGUCCGUUGACGCUUCCACAGCCUUACACUUUCAAGCCCCCAAGUUAGAGUUUUUGGCUUUCUGGGUCUUCUUGAAAUGCUGUUAGUUUUGUUGGGUAUUGAUGGAUUUGCACUUGUACAGUGUUGAAAGUAUAGGAUACGUUGCCUUUGAAUCUGAAUUUUUUAUGGUCAAUUAUAUGUUAAGGAAAAAAAAUGUUUGUCCGUG